GUUCUUUUCGCUGAAGGGUCAGUUUGUAAACAAAAUUAUAAAAGGGAAAUAUGUCCGGCUUAGAAGAGUAUCAAUUUUUACGAAAAAGACACGUCAGAUUCCUACAGAGAUGUGUCCAGGUCCUCCCAUAUAGUGCCGUUACCUUUGACACAAGUCGCAUGACCGUGUUGUUCUUCACACUGUCCGGCCUUGAUCUGUUAAACGCACUGGAUGAAAUAGAUGAUGCAGAGAGAAAGCACAUCAUUGACUGGAUAUAUUCCUUACAAAUAUUACCAGAAGAUAAAGACCAAAUGUCAAGAGCAGGAUUUCGCGGCGGUUCGUCCCUCGCCAGCUGUAGGUCAUCAAACAAGUACCUCUCAAACAUUUCCUCCUUUGACUGUGGUCACAUCACCAUGACCUACACAGCCCUAGCAUCUCUAGUCAUCCUCGGUGAUGACCUGAGUCGGGUUAACAGGGAAGCUGUCCUAGCACAUGUUGCAGCUCUGCAGUGUGAGGAUGGCAGCUUUUUCUCAACUUUGGGUGGAAGUGAAAACGACAUGCGAUUUAUGUACUGUGCUGCCACAAUCUGCUAUAUUCUGCAGGAUUUUUCAGCUAUCAAUAUAGAUGCUGCCGUAAAGUACAUAGUUAAUAGCAUGAGUUAUGAAGGUGCUAUGGGUCAAGGUAUUUACUUAGAGUCACAUGGUGGAAGCAGUUAUUGUGCAGUAGCAACAUUGCAACUCAUGGGAAAACUAGAUUCAGGUCUUUCCAACACUCAGCGUCAGAGAUUAGUCAGGUGGUUAGUUAGCCGUUUGACGGAAGGAGGUUUUCAAGGUCGGCCGAACAAGCGAGCUGAUACCUGUUACACUUUUUGGAUAGGAGCUUCACUUAAGUUGCUCGGGUGCUUGGACCUCCUAGACAUCAGCACACUGAGGCAGUUUGUACUCUCAACACAAGAUCCAAUCACAGGAGGACUAGCUAAAUACCCCGACACUCCCCCUGAUGGCCUGCACACCUACCUUGGCAUCAGUGGACUAGCACUUCUUGAACAAGAUGAACUUCGGACCAUAGACCCAGCACUGAACAUCACCCAGAGAGCUCUAAAACACUUACAUACUUUGCACAAAAAUAAUCUUCAAAAUUCUGAUCCAUCUAUUAAGUGUUGAUAAGUAUUUUUAUAUUUUUUCCCCAUGUCUUUAGUCUUUUGCAUUACUAGAGAAAUUUAAAUGAAUUACUAUUUAAAUAGAGGCAGAUGAUUAUAGAUAAUAUAUAUAUACACUUGUAUACAUAUAUAUAUGUAUAUACUUUGUGGGUAUAUAUAUAAACAAGGUCAGUCCAGAAAGAAACCAAACUUAGGGGAAAAUAUAUAUUGCUUUGCCUGCUUCUGAUUAGUCCCUUAAGUGUUGAUAUACAGUUUCCAUUUUUCCAGUUCAGGAGCACUUUAUGAAGGCUUCAGCUCAGGUCUUUUACAGUUUUUCUUGUAUCUCUUCCAUUGUCUGAAAUCAGCCAAUAGGAACUUUAUCCAGAGUAAGGAUUGGCACAUGAGCAAAUGCAUUAUCUUUUUUUUGUUUCCUACAAAAAGUGCUCUUUGUAAGGAAAUAAUAUUUUUUUGCAUCUACAUUUUUUAAGUUCAGUUUCUUUUUAGAAUGACCUUGCAUAAUUAUGCUUAGUGAUGGUUUUAGUAAUUCAGAUAUGUAGAUGGACUCAAACUAUUUAAGGACUGUAUAUAAUGUAAAUGUCUAUGGAUGGUUGUGAGAUGUUACACUUCUUUCUCUUCUUGAAUAUUUUAUGGUAAUUGCUCACUGUUAACAGAAUUUUGGUCAUUAAUAUUGAUUAUUACUCUUACAAUUAUUAUGAAUAUACUAUUAUUAUUAUUAUUAUUAUUAUUAUUAUUGCUCUUAUUAUCACUAUUAGUAUGACUGUUAUCUACUAUACAAUUAUUAAUUUUUCCCAUUUUUUCUUACUUUCUUACUUUUUCAUAUUGUGAUCAGAGAGUGUGAAUGUGUCCGUAUAUGUGCACACGUUUUGAUAUUUGCUUG